CACCAUCUCUAAUUGAGAAAGGCAUAAAUGCUGGCUGACUUAUUCCCCUGUAGGCCCAUUUGCUUAGUGGACUAUUUCACUUGAAUCUAUUCCCUUCAUGUAUGAGAAACAAGCAAUGGCCAUUAAAAAGCGGCGCCAUUCUCCCAGGGGAUUUCUUAAUCACUCUUAUCCUUAUCCUCUCUCAGUCUCAAUCUAUUUAUAGAGUCAUCUGCAUCUGCAUGCUGUUUUAGCCAGCCAGCCCAUCCGCUCUCGCCAAGAUGAUCUACAACAAGGAGAUCAUCCACUCCAGCCACCCUCAGCACAGGCUCAAGUUCGAGUACAAGGAGGUGCCCUUCAGGUGCGAUGGUUGCAAGGAGGCCGGCAUUGGGUGCAGGUACAAGUGCGAGCUCUGUGACUUCGACCUCCACAAGUGCUGCGCGGUGCCCAGCCAGUCCAUUUCCCACCCCUUCUACCCCAAAUGCAACUUCCAGUUCUUCACCAGGCCGCCCGGCAACGGCUUGCGCUACUGCAAUGCCUGUGGCAAGGACGUGCUGGGCUUCGUCUACCACUGCCGCCUCUGCGGCUUCGACCUCCACCCCUGCUGCUACAACCUCCCUCACAUGCUCGACGACGGCGACGUCAAGCUCUACCUGCACAAGAAGGUCUCCUCCGCCUGCCACCGCUGCGGCCGCAAGGGGCCGAGCUGGUCCUACCGGAGCGCCUGCAAGAAGUACCACCUGCACGUCUCCUGCGUGAAGGAGAUGUUGGCCGAUAACUGGCAGGAUUUGUACUACUCCAACGGGAAGAGAAGCUUGGAGUUGUACACUAGGAUUCCCAGUCUUAAGGGUACGCUUCAGAAUCACCACAGGAGUAAGAGGGGGAAAGUGAGGAAGUGCUGCGAGAUGGCGGGGCUAGCCGUUCAGUUCAUUAUCUCCGCCGUUUUAGGGGAUCCGACGGCCAUGAUUGCCGGGGUCAUUGGAUCUCUCAUGUCCAAAUGAUGGAAGUUUAGUUUCCUCUUCUUUUUCUUGUGUCUCAACUUGUCUUUUGUAAUGGUCAUGCUUUUUUUCGAAGGCGGUGGUUGGUGGGGAAUUCCUACAACUGCGACUACCACUUUGAAAUGCUGUCCUUGUACUCACUCCAAUGCAAGGGCGAAAAAUGGUAGUUUGUUCCAUAUCCUCUGGGGUUGUGCAUAGUGGGCAUGCUUUGAAAAAGUGUUCCUUUGGCUGCCACUAUGCAAACAUCUGGAAUGGAGAACAAAGAAAUCCAAAGGAACCCCAUCUA